AAGGGAAACGGAAGUAGUUGCUUGUAGCUCUUUGGUUUGUUGUGUCCUGGACAGGCGGCGCAGAUUAUCUGGUUCUAAAUGCGUUCACCAGGCUUAGUGACUGAUUGGGCUUGAUAGGGGGAGAGCUGAGGAAGGCUGGGGAAACGGUGGCAGUGACCCUUAUACCCCACCUCAUUUUGGAAGCAAAUUGAACCCGAGGUAACCAAAAUGAGCUCUGAUCGCCGAAAGGAGCGCAAAGAUGAUGCGGAGUCCCGGUUGGACGGGCCCAGCGAUGGUUCUGCAGGGGAUCCCGACGUUGAUCAUUACCAGGCGGGGGGAUCGAGUCCGUGCACCACAUCAGAUCAGCCGCAGCAACUUCCCACUUGCGGGUCUGACGAAAGCAGCAUCGGUUCAGGGCUAAUCAACUCCACAGCCAAGCAGCCGCUCAGCAGCGGGAAUAACGUAUUCUGGUGGCUGAGAGAGAGGUGUUUAGGCAGAGGAGUUGUUGUUGACCCGUUCCGGGAAAACUUCAGGAUAAUGACCAGCUUAUAUAGCUCAAUGAACCCGGCUGAUUCGGUUAAUCUGAGUACCAGAACCCAUGGAGCUGUGUUUAACUUGGAGUACUCACCAGAUGGGUCUGUGCUGGCUGUCGCCUGUGAGCAAACUGAAGUCCUCUUGUUUGACCCAAUAUCCUCAAGGCACAUCAAGACUCUGGUUGAGGCUCAUGAGGACUGCGUUAAUAAUAUCAGGUUCCUCGAUAACAGGCUCUUUGCAACCUGCUCUGAUGACACCACCAUAGCACUAUGGGACUUACGGAAGUUGAAUUCCAAAGUGUGUACAUUACAUGGCCACACCAGCUGGGUAAAGAAUAUUGAAUAUGACACUAACACGAGGCUACUAGUGACAUCAGGAUUUGAUGGAAAUGUAAUAACGUGGGACACAAACAGGUUCACUGAAGAUGGUUGCCCACACAAGAAGUUCUUUCACACUCGUUAUCUAAUGAGGAUGCGGUUGACACCUGACUGCUCGAAAAUGCUCAUCUCUACUUCUUCUGGCUACCUGCUCAUUCUCCACGACCUUGAUCUGACCCAAUCACUGGAGGUGGGCAGCUACCGCAUUCUGAGAGCCAGGAGGACGACAGCAAGUCCAGACAAUGCAACCUCUGGCUCUCCCAGACGUGGCAAUGAUUCCCGUCCAGCUUCAAACAAGCUAUUCUCACCGUCUUCACAGAGGGAAGGGGGGUCGCCUCGAAACAGCCUGGAAGUCGUGACUCCUGAGAUUCCAGGAGAGAGGGACCGAGGCAACUGUAUCACUUCCCUUCAGCUUCACCCUAAGGGAUUGGCCACCCUUAUACGCUGCUCAAGCAACACAGAUGACCAGGAGUGGACGUGUGUAUACGAAUUCCAGGAAGGCGCCCCUGUACGAUCUGUCUCUCCCCGCUGCUCUCUCAAGCUGACCCACUACAUUGAGGAGGCCAACGUGGGCCGGGGCUACAUCAAGGAACUGUGCUUCAGCCCCGACGGACGUCUCAUCUGCUCUCCCUAUGGCUACGGGAUCCGCCUGAUGGCCUUUGACGAGCAGUGCAAUGAGCUGGUAGACUGUCUGCCCAAGGAGUCCAGCUGUCUGAAGGAGAUUCGGUCCAUCUACUCACACAGCGACGUGGUCCUCACCACCAAGUUCUCUCCCACGCACUGCCAGCUUGCCUCUGGAUGCCUUAGCGGACGUGUAUCCCUCUACCAGCCAAAGUUUUAGCCUCCCUCUCCCAAAUUGCUCUUGUAAAGAUGCUCACUCUCAUGCUUGGCACUACUCAUAUUAUGAUUGAACUUUUUGUUCCGCUUACUUCCUAACCAAGUCAUUCAGCCCCCUGUCUUGUUUUUCUGAGGCUAUUUCAGUCACAGCUCUCUCUUACAUUUUUUCUGCAGCUUUUUGUGUGACUGGGCACUUUAAUACAAAAAGGCAACAAAAGUUAAUGUAUGCCAAAAGUUCAGGAGGAGCUUUUGUCCUGACUUUUGGUUUGUUAAGGAUAAAGUUGUCAUUUUUUUUUAUUAGUGAUUGAUUAAUUGAUUGUUUUUUGGAGAGGGUGGGGAAUUGUAGCACCUUGAUGUAGAGGGGAGAGCAAAAUCGCGAUAUGAGGAAAUCGCACUGGUGCAUUUAAUGCAGAGGAUGAUUGAAUUGUUUUGUUCAUACUAGAUGUUUAUUCAUAAGUUCAAACAAUCAUAACAUUUGAGGUAUAAUACAGUUUCUUACCUCACUCCAAAGGUUGAGGACAUUUCACAGUAUGUUAAUUUAACUAAAUCCUUAUUUCCCUUUGUGUUAAGACUUUUGGACUAUCGAUCUGUUGGCCUUUGGUUGUAACUUCUACAAUAGCCAAUAUUUUUAUCAACUCUCUGUACAGUGUAUAAUAUAAUUUCCUGUCUGUUGAAAGAAAUCUGAGCCAUGAGAGCGAGUAAGUGGAAGUAUAAAACAGAAGUAGUAUAGCAGACAUAUUCACAUUUUAUAAAAGCUUUUCAAACUGGCAAGUUGUCCACAAUUCUUCUGCAUAGAUGUCAGCAGCCUGAAAAUCCAUCCAGAACGCACUGUUGACUACACAGUGUUCUGCAAAGACUGGUUCUGCUUUCUCAAGACUGUUUGGUGCAUAUUUGAGUUAUUUCUGAGAAAAUAAAGUGGGAGAGGGUUAGAAAGUUUAAAUCACCAAUUAUUCAUAUUUUACCCCUCAUUAUAGGAAUGGCAGUACCCACUGUUAUAUAUUAUAAGGAAUCUUAGCAAUCAUUUUUUAGUGUCACAAUAUUCCUCUUUUCAAAGUAUUAUGGUUUGUGCUUCUUGCUUUGAAGUUGAUUUAAACAGUUAGUAUGACACCAAUGUAUUUUUUUAUUAAGCACUACUGGUAAGUAGUGAUUUAAAAAUAAUAUUUUAAAGCUGUAAACAUACUCAUGUUUAUCUUACACCAACAUAUCAUUUUUUUCACUUGUGUUCUGUACUUGCAAUUGAAUGAGGCCUCUCUGGACUGUUACGGCUGGUUUUUACAUACCUCGAUUAGCGUUAAUCUUGGACUACAUGACCUACAGUAACAUUAGAUAGUCCAAGAUUAGUUUUAAUCAAGGUCUGUGAAACCAGCCAUUAAAAUGGCAAAUUGAAGACCUAGACCAACCCUUAUUAACACAAGUUAUAGAAGUUAUUUCGUAAAUGAGUUUUGCCUAUAUGUGUUUUGAAUGGGCUGAGUUCUGUUAAAGAUUAAUAAAUGUUCAAGGAAGGCAAAAUACUAUUCAUAAACUGAAAACAUUAUUUUUCUACUUCUAUUAUUGUGUGCUUUUAAUGUAGUUUGUUUGAAAAGUUGUAGGUGGUGACAGGCUUUUUAAAUUAAUUGAUUUUGCAUACACUUUCCCAUAAGUUAUAAAAAAAAAAAAAAAAAAAACAUAUUUAGUAUUCAUGGAGGAAACAGUCAUGCCAUCAAGAAUAGGGAUAUUAUUGGUAUUUUAACACAAAAAUGUGAAAUCAAAAGGCGCUAGUAAGAGUCAGCACCACCAGCAAUUUCAUCAGUGGGGGUGGAUGAAUGGUAGGGUAGUUCUUGGCAGAACUUGGACCAGCUCCAGUGUACUGAAGAGGAAUGCCCAAAAUUGUGUGUGAGCUGUAGUUUCAGAUUUGUUGCCAUGACUACUGGUAGAGGCCAUACAUGUCAGCAAUGAUUUGCACUUGGUUUUAUUCAUGCUUCUCUGCAAAUUAGAGGGAGGCAAGUAUGAAGAGAAUUCCAUGUACACCAAAUGCAAAAAAACACCAUUCUGAAUUCAAAAUACAUUGUAUCCUGACCAGUUACUUGGUGGUUGGAGGGGAACAUUGAAUAUUGACUUCUAACACUGCAAAAACAAACAGGUAUAACAGAAGUGGAAGCAGUUGGUUGGAAAGUUGUACUAACUUUUACACCAUUAUUGGCAGCUAACCUGCCCUGUCUCAUUUGAGUUUGUAAUAAUCUAAAAAAAAGAUAUUAAUUGAAUCUGCUGAGGUUUUAUGAACCUCCCCACCAUUAUGAUAAAUAUGUUAAAGAAAUCACUUUGAGAUAGCGCUUUAGCAAACAGCAGUAAGACUGGGAUCAUUACAUUAAGCUAGAAAACGUGCGAAAUGUGACUACCAUCUUUACUCGCCACUAGACCUCCCCAAGUCACAUUCUUGUGAAGGAGGAGUUUUAGAUUGACCUAACCUCAUUGAAACGCUUGCCAUCUUCAAGCACUGUAUUUUUUAUGUUGACUGAUGUUUUAAAGAUUAAUUCAAUUCUACCUCGGAGAGUGUAUAUAUGUGCUGGGAGUGAGUGACUAACUCAGUGCUUUAUAUUGUAUGCUUCACAUCUAUCUAAUGAUUAAGAGGCGUAUCAGCUAAGUUUGUGCCCAUAUUUAUUUACAGGUACUUAAUUCUGUAACCUCUGUCUCUGCAUGCAACAUAUUUCUAUGGAGCUGUUGCCAUUGGCUGCUUGUUAAGAUAUAGUUUGUGUUGUGCUGAAUUUUGCCAUGCCAACGUAAAUACUGUUUUGUUAAUGAAUAAUUCAGUAGGCCUGUACCAGAAGAAAAACUAAACCACUUCUGAAACACCUGUAGUUCUGGUUAGUUUUAAUAAAAAAUAAAAAAAGAGGAUGCAUUUUUCAAGCCAGUAAUGGGCCGCUGAUAGUUUUAGAUAACGUUCUGGAAAACACCAUUUUUAUGUUAAUUAACAUUUGACAAUAUGUCCUGUAGGAAAAAUGUCUUCUGAAGAAUGGUUAACUAUCAUUUGGCAUACAACACGUUAUAAUUUUUUAGAAAAUAGCUUCUGAAUUUGUAUUAUACUAGGGGUUUUAAUCUUGACACAAGAUUAAUUUUUCUUGUGCCAUUUUUUGAUACUGUAGGAUUAAUCGAUCAAUUUUUUUUAAUCAAUCAAAACCCACAUAUGUGAUUAAUUGGUCAAUCAAGAAUCGAUUUAAAACCCCUAAUUUAAACUUGUCCAGUGUGUAUUUGAAUUAUGUAUUACAACAAAGCAACCCUUGCCUUUUUGAUGUCACAAAAAAAUGACCAGUUUGCUGGCAGACACAAACCCAGGGGGGAUGUUAUGUGGCUCAUUGGUGCCUUACGGCAAUAGCAGUGUUUCUCUCUAGACUAUUAGAAGGUUUAGCUUUUAUGCUCAUAUGAUUUAUCCUGCCUAAAUCCCUUAAAGAUUAUUUUAGUGUUUGUACUUGCAUUAAGAUUGAUUACUCACCAGCUGAUAAACUCAUUAUUGCAAAGGGAAAAAAAUGCUUAACGUUUUCAUGGAAUAAUCAAGCCAGGUGGUGGUUUGGUUUAGUUUGGUUUGCUAUUACAUCAGGUAUUUCAGUUCCACUCUGAUUCUAAAUACACAAUACUUAAUAAUCUAGCUUGUGACUAAGUAGUAAGUCUUUGCUAUUCUACUUGACAUGCAAAAAUACAUACCUAAAGCCAAGCUGAUAAUAGCAACUUUUCUGAUUUUGCGUAUGUUUAGCAUAUUUGUGACCAUGCUUGAUGGGUACAAUAUUUCUAAAGGCAGCUGUGUGGUGGAUAUGUUGUGCAGAUAAAAAAAAAUGUAAUUGGGUGAAAUAAAGACUGGGAGGGUUUUAAAAACAA